UUGGAUUUAUUUUGUAAGCAGGAGUUGUGUUGUCUAGUCAUGCGUUCAGACACUCAAGCGGUCACUGUAUUUUUUGUAAUUAUUUUUCUUAUUUUUGUAAAUGCCUGGCUGCUGUUCCAGCUUUCUUUUGGAUAAAAGUAUUGUUUUUCUUAAUGAAGAGGAUCUUUCCAAUCCAGCACUGGAUAUAUGGGCUAUUUUUGAGGAUUUUAAAGAUGCACUGUUGUCUUUUUACUUGAUGGCAUAUUGUUUUUGUGUCCUAGAGAUUUUCUCGUUGAAUAGAAUUCACAUUUUGUAAAUAUGUCACUUGUUGUAUUGUAUCUUUUGUUAGGUGGCGUAGGCGCGUUGAGAUUACGUUUUUAUUUUGAAAGACCCCACCGGAAGUUUCGGGGAAUCUUUUUUUGUUCUCAUUAUCGGAGAUUUUAAAUCAAAUUUGUUUCUUAUUUUCACCCAGGUAAAGACCGUUAUUAAAUCAUAUACUCUCGUGAAUUUUCUGCCAAACGUACUGGUAUUUUAAAAAACAAAACACGUUGCGGUGACGCUAGCGUUUAAAGCCGCAAAUGAAAAGCCCUAAAAGGAAACAGAUAACGGUAAAGACAAUACCAUGGAUGUAUACACCUGACGUAAGGCCUGUUGGUGUAACUUAAAAAUCAGCCGAUACAGCCUAACAGACGCUGUAAACAAACAAAAAGCCAUCUCGUCAGUGAAGGAAAGACACAGCAUGUCUGGAGGAUAAACCCACAACAACACACGGUGCCUGCUGCUGCACGCGCGCCGUCUUCAUGGGUUCGGUUGCUCGGUGAUAACGGACUGUAAUCUGGCCGGAGGUUAACGGUUGUUGUUGCCAUGGCGAGGUCAGCUGCUGGUUGCUGUCGUGGCUCUCUGGGCUUUUUAUAGUCCUGCUGGACAUUUCACGUUCUGUAGGACAAACCGAAGACAGCGCGCGACCUUGGAGGACGUUGCCAUGGAUUUAACACGGCUGGCUGUGGAUGCGGGUCAGUUCAUCAACCGGGCCGUUCAGUACACAGAAGAGAGUCUCGGCCAGGCGGAGAAAACAGGGCUGAACUCCGGGCUGGAGGAGCGCCUGGCCCUGGUAGAAGCCACCAAGACCUGGACAGACCAGAUCAUCUCCCAGACUGAGGUUCUACUGCAGCCCAAUGCAGGAGCCCGGUUGGAGGACCGGCUCUAUGAGCAGCUGGACUGGAGCGUGCCCCCUCGGCCUCGUGCUCAUGAGGUCCUGGGAGACCACAUGACCCAGGCUGGGCUGGAGAUGGGGUCCAACACACCCUAUGGAACUGCACUGCUCAGGUUCGGAGAGACUCAAAAACGACUUGGUGAGAUGGAGAGGAAUUUGGUCCAAAGCACCAACAUCCACUUUCUCACCCCUCUGAGGAGUUUCACCGAGGGAGAAUACAGAGCCAUGCAGGAUGAGCGCAAGAUGUUGGUGAAUAAGCGUUUGGACUUGGAUAUAGCUAAGACCAGACUGAGAAGAGCCCACGAAGCCGACAGAGAGGGCAGAAACCUGAAUGCAAACCCGAUGGAGGACUACAUGGCUCACGUCUCUUACAUGUUCAGCUUCCUGCGGGUCAAAUGGCUAAAGAUGUGGGCUCAGGAAAUCUCUCAGGCAGAGAUGGAGCUGGGUAUCUGUCAGAGUCUGUUCAAUCGACAGACAGAAAUUACAGGACGAGUCGUGGAAGGAAUCAGCAACACUCAUACCAACCACAUGCGGAGCCUGACGGACUUUGUGGAGGCUCAGGCCUGUUACUUCGACCAGUGCAACCAGCACGCUCAGGAGCUUCAGAAGCAGCUGGCCAGCAUCCCAAUAGUCCUCUGCUCCAAUAACUGGCAGUUAGCGAUUGGUGAUGAAGUUACGCAGCUGUCCCCAAACAACCACGUAGCCAAUGAGCCUGUCGGGUUUAAUCAGGUCACUGCAGUUCCCAUCGAAGUUCACAACAACCCAGAUUUCAGCCAGGAUUCAUGGACUGCUAAUCCACCGGCCUCCACUGAAAGAUCAGCUUCCACUGUAACCACACAGCAAAAUAACAACAACAACAACAACAACUUAUUUUCUGAUGGCCCAGCAACCAGCCACUGUUCAGUCGUCAAUCAAGCACUUCAUCAUGUCUCUACAGCUAACUCGGACAGUCACUGCACCAAUCAGAUCGCAGCGUUCAGCAGAACAACGAGUGCACAAAACACCGCCGCAACUGCUGAAACAACCAAUGGUGCGGGUAGGGGGACUACAACAGUUCCCCCACCUUCUCAUCUCACUGGAAAUGAGUCUCACAAUGGGAAUGCAUCAGCCAGUGACACCGCAACAACUGAUGACAUGACAACUGAGACUUUAACAACCAAUGGCAUGUCGGCUGAGCCCCAAACAGCCAAUGAAAUUGCAAGCAAGCAACCCACCGUUAACGGAGAAGAUGUCCAGGAGUCAUCAGCCAGUCAGGAUAUGGGUCAGUAGCUGGGACUGACUUUAGAUUGAAGCUUGAGCAGUAAUUAGCAGUCUUCUUCAAACAAUCAGAGAGUACAGACUGCACUAUAAGGAGCAGAUAGACUAUCAUUAGACCACAUUAAUUAAUCCCAUAGGGAAGAUCAUGUGAAGUGGUUGUAAAAGUGCUUAUUUUUCUCAACGUGAUAUAGUGCCACAUUCAUUUUAGCCUUUAACCAUGUUCAUAUAAUAUUCAUGUCGUAUGGAAAUGAUGACUGUUGUGUAUCAGUCCCCUCUUGUGGCAAUGGCUGUAAUAUUUUUGGACUGAAAAGUGGAUUUCAGACUCUUAUUUUUAGAUAAAAAUCCAAACUAAUGAAGCUUUGUGCCAAGUAUAUAUGAUCAGUGUGAAAACAUUGAUUCAUGUUGAAGUGAAUCUGUGUGUUUGUUUCCAUGUGCACACUGUCGCUUGUGUUUACAGCUUUUGCAAAUCUCUUACACCUUGAAGGAGAGGUGAGGUGAGGUUUGUGACUCUGCCACCUCUGAACUCUUGUUACUCCCAGUUGAGCUCAUUUUCCAUCUGAAACAUGUUACUGACAUGUGUUUGUGACUCCGGCCAGGCGCCCAAACACCAGGCUGAACAGGACCUUUAUGCUGCAGCAUGGGUUAAAAUAUGUUGCCUCAUGCACAGUCUGGGUGUUUCCCCUCACAGUCAAAUCAAAAUACGCUCUUUUACCCUUUUGCCCCAUUAGGUGAACUGGGUAGAAGUUUCCAAGUCCAGAUGUUGUUAAUUCUCUUUGUGAGGGCAGAAAGGCUCUGUGGUGUGGGUCUGCUCUGGGGACCCGGGAUGGAAACACACACACUAAUGUAGCAAUGACCCUACUGAUGUAAUCAUGAAUCAGCGCUUUGCUCUUUGUUGUAGAUGUGUGUGUGAAUGAAUAGUCGCUGCCAGUUCUAAACUGCGUGUCCAUGCAGUCAUGAUGUACGUUGAGCUGAUGUCAGCGUGAGGUUUGAUUCAUGUAAAGAUGUGGAAAUAAAUAUGCAAACAGUGAGGUCAUUUCAAUCCAA